UGCGUGGCACAGCAUCCCUAGCCUGGCUGGGGAGGGACUUGGGUCUUUUGGAGGGCUGCAUCCCAGCUGCUUCUCCUUGUCUCUCCCCCCAAAAAAGCAGUAAAAAGAAGUAAGAUCAGUUCUGCAAUGUUUCCCCACUUCCAGGCCAUGCUCAUGCUCCUGAUGCUGCUGUUCCUGAUGCCCCCAGAGAACAACAGUGCCAAGCAACAGCAAGAUGAUUUAUUGGUUCUCACUGUGGCCACGAAAGAGACAGAAGGCUUCCGACGGUUCCAAAGAUCCGCUCAGUUCUUCAACUACGAAAUCAAGGUCCUAGGGCUGGGCGAAGCAUGGCAUGGCGAAGACGAUAAGAAAACGGCAGGAGGCGGGCAGAAGGUCCGUCUCUUGAAAUCGGUUCUUGAAGAAUACGCAGACAAGGAGGAUUUGGUUAUCCUCUUCACGGAGAGCUACGACGUUAUCUUUGCAUCAGGGCCUGCAGAACUCCUGAAGAAAUUCAAACAGGCCAAGUCCAAGGUUGUCUUUUCGUCAGAGACGCUCAUCUAUCCGGACCGGCGGUUGGAAGCCAAGUACCCUCAAGUCCGAGAAGGGAAACGGUUCCUCGGAUCUGGAGGGUUCAUCGGUUAUGCUCCAUUUCUGAGCAAACUUGUGGCAGAUUGGGAGGGCCCUGACAGCGCUAGCGACCAGCUGUUUUAUACUAAAGCUUUCUUGGAUCCUGAAAAGCGGGAAAGCAUCAAUAUAACUUUGGACCACAGAUGCCGGAUCUUCCAAAACCUCAACGGUGCUCUAGACGAGGUGGUUCUGAAAUUUGAAAACGGCCGAGUGAGAGCGCGGAACUUAGCCUUUGACACCCUCCCGGUUCUGAUUCAUGGCAAUGGGCCGACCAAGUUGCAACUGAACUACCUGGGCAACUAUAUUCCUCAGACCUGGACCUUUGAAAUGGGAUGCGCCGUUUGUGGCGAAGGCUUGAAGAGUCUGAAGAACCUGACGGAGGAUACGUUUCCCAUGGUUCUCAUUGGUGUCUUCAUUGAGCAGCCAACGCCGUUCCUCAGCCAGUUCUUCGAACGGCUUCAGAAGCUCCGUUACCCGAAAAGACGGAUCCAGCUGUUCAUCCACAAUCGUGAAGAGCAUCACCUCUCCCAGGUGAACACAUUUGUGAAUGGACACAGGGAGGAAUAUCGCUGGGUCAAAGUGGUUGGACCAGAGGAUCGCGUGGAAAAUGCCGACGCUCGGAACAUGGGCAUAGAUCUGUGUCGACAGGACCCUGUUUGCGAAUACUACUUCAGCCUGGAUGCCGAAGUGGCGCUGAAGGACCCAGAUACUUUGCGGAUCCUCAUUGAGCAGAACAAGUUGGUGAUUGCGCCACUUGUGUGCCGCCUUGGAAAGCUGUGGUCAAACUUCUGGGGUGCUCUGAGUGCUGAAGGCUACUAUGCCCGCUCUGAGGAUUACGUGGAUAUUGUUCAGGGACGAAGAACCGGCCUCUGGAAUGUCCCAUACAUCUCCAGUGUCUACUUGAUCGACGGCAGCAUCCUGAGAUCCCAACUCACACAACCCGCGCUUUUCCGCAGUGGCAAACUGGAUGCAGAUAUGGCUCUUUGCCACAACAUCCGGGAACAGGGCAUCUUCCUGUUUGUGACAAAUCAACACCAGUUUGGACACAUCCUGUCCCUGGAAAAUUAUCAGACGACGCAUCUGCACAACGAUCUUUGGCAGAUCUUCAGCAACCCAGAGGACUGGAAGGAAAAAUACAUUCACGAAAACUACACCGCCGCCUUAAAAGGGAAAUUGGUGGAAACGCCAUGCCCAGAUGUUUACUGGUUCCCUCUCUUUACGGAUGCGGCUUGCGAUGAACUGGUCGAGGAGAUGGAGAAUUUUGGCCAGUGGUCAAAAGGAGACAACACAGAUACCAGGAUCCUGGGAGGAUAUGAAAACGUCCCGACCAUCGACAUCCACAUGAACCAAAUCAACUUUGAGCGGGAGUGGUACAAGUUUCUCCUGGACUACAUUGCGCCCAUCACCGAAAAGCUGUACCCAGGAUACUACACCAGGACCCAGUUCGAAUUGGCCUUCGUCGUCCGGUACAAACCCGAAGAGCAGCCAUCACUGAUGCCGCAUCACGACGCCUCCACCUUCACCAUCAACAUUGCCCUGAACCGCGUUGGGAUCGAUUAUGAGGGCGGAGGUUGUCGGUUCCUGCGCUACAACUGCUCCAUCCGUGCGCCCCGGAAGGGCUGGACUCUCAUGCACCCGGGCCGCCUGACGCAUUACCAUGAGGGCCUGCCCACCACCAAAGGGACCCGCUACAUAGCGGUCUCCUUCCUCGACCCUUAGAGCCACCUCUUCCAUACGGAGAUAAAGCAUGUGAGAGGGACAGAGAGAAAGAAAUGGGGUUCUAUUCCUGCUGACUUUCCAUUUCAACCGGAAACCUCUGUGGGGAAUGAGAAUCCUUGGCUUUACGAACAUAUUGGACAUAUUGGGAUACAGAUCUGUUGCGUCCUUAAGACCGUGCAGGUAGUACCUAGGUUGCAAAGCUGCCCCUUGACAAUCUCUAGUUCCAGAAUAUAAGUAUGCCAAAAUUCCCCAUCGACCAAAGGUAGUGUGGUACCCAAGGCAAGGAUGCUUCUGCUGUCUCAUUUGCUAUCCUUAGUUCUCAGAUUAGAACGGGACGCGAUCCCCCACCCAGGCAUUUUGUGCCAGUCUCGUUGCGGCACUUGUUUCCAUAGAGUUUCCCCAACAAAUUCGGUGCCUCCUACCCAAAUCCUCAUCCCUAAACGGUGCCCAAAAUGCUGCCAGUCGAGGUGCCCACUUCUCUUUCCUUCCUGUAACUCUGUCCCAGAACAUUCUCAAACCAGAACAUUCAAAUGGCGCAUCCCUCUUCUUGCCCCAUAGCAGUCAACAUCUAGGCAUAAACUAAACCAUUGGACAAUGUGAUGCUCUUGUCUUGGCACCUUUGCUAGAAUUGGUCUCUUUCUCUCUGGCCUGGCUUUAGAGGUGGCAGAAUGGACGAUGGUCACUCCGGAAUGAAAACUGAGGACUCCCCAUUUUUAAAAAGAAGCAUAAAGCAUUACUUGCAUGUAGGAAGCGAGGCCUAAUCUUCCUUAAAGCGAAGACUAGCUUCUCUCCUCUCCCCAAAGUUCUCAUUCUUGGUGGGUUCCCAUUAACUUCUGCUCUCCAGAAGGAACUUCUCAGAUCGAAAACGGUGUUGUUAUUUCCAGAAGGAAGUGAGGCAGUGAACCAAAGACUAGAUCCGUAAAAUGAUAGAAUCUGAAAGUUGGAAGGGACUGAGAGGUGCCCAUCCAACUUCUGUAUAAAGGAGACUCCACCGCUUUCCAACUGAUUCCACUUUCAAACAGCUCUUACAGUCAAGACGUUCUUCCUAACAUUGAGGUGGGAUCUCUUUUCUCGUCAUUUGAAAGUGCUGGUUCUGGGGAAAGCACUUCUUAUGGGUUCAUGUCCUGUUGUAAAGUGUGGCAGGUCCAUUAACAUUUGAUCACAAAUUUGGGUGGCGCACCGUUUCUCAUCCAUGCCUUGGGUGUAGGGUUUCACCGACAGCGACCCAUAUUUAUUUUAAGCGUUAGGACGUCAGUGUGGUUUUUUUGGGACAAAGGUGUACAGAUUUCGACAGAUAUUAUUUUUUGGGCAGGUUGUACAUUAAAAACUUGAAAACAA